AUGUUUUAUUUAUUUAUAUUACCUAUAUUUGCAAUAGAUGAUAUAUAAAUAAGAAGAAGUAUAAUAUGUGGAUGUAAACAUUUGAGUCCAUCAGAAUGUAUUGAAGUAGAAUGGUGUGAAUUAGCAUCUUAAUUUGAUAAAUGUCCUAUGGAUGCUGAUUGCAUAACUUAUCAAACUGAAUUAGAAUGUGAACAAGCAAAUGCUAGUUAAUGUGUAUGGUUAGAUAAUUAUUGUUUAAAUAAAUGUGAAUUAUUGGAAUUCAAUACUUGUUAAAGCAAAGAAAUAGAUUCUAAUUGUUCAUAAUUUAAUACUAGUACAACUUGUGAAACAUAUUCAUGGUGUGAAUUUAAUACUACUACAUCAGUUUGUUAAUAAAUAUAAUAAGUUUCUUGUAAUGAUAUUUUGAAUUCAAUUGAAUGUGAAGAAUAUGGUUGUUAAUGGGAUGAUGUUGAAUUUUGUUAAAAUAAAGAUAGUGAUUGUAGUUAAUUUGAGACUAUAGAGGAGUGCAUGAGUUAAUUUUAAGAGAAUAGAUAAUGUAUAUGGAUAGAAGGGAAAUAAUAAGUAAGUAAUAUUAAAUCAUCUUGUUUUUAAUCAAAAGAAUGUGAUAAAUACACUUAUGAUAAUAAUGAACUUGAUAUUUGUGAAUCAAUAUCUAAUUGUAAAGUAGAUGAAAAUUAAUGUCAGAGUUGUGUUUAAGAUAUGUUUACAUUUGAAUCAAUUUUAUAAUUAAUAAGUAUAUUUUAUUUGUUUUGA